GGCCGAUAUUACUGAGGUUAUGAUUGCGCUUUUUGUAGCGAGUCCAAUACUCAUCUCCGACUUCACUAGCUUUCGAUCUAUGAUAGCUAUGUCUGGAGGAAUUGAAGACGUGGUUACCUCGUAUGAGGAAGGUCAGUUUGGUGCCUUUGUUCGACUUUAUACAGGCGAAUUCGAACAAGGAGCCAGACAACGAGAGACUCUCCUCUUGCCAACAGCAUUUGCAGAUCAGCGUUUCUCACGUUGCAAAUUGCUAGCGGAAGGAAAUGGCAGAUGGGGCCGGGCAAACCACCAGCUUCAGCGAUCCCCAACAUUAUCACAGAACCAACCGACAAGUGAGAAUAAUGGCGAAGAACAAGUACAAGAGAAACUUGAUUCCUGUGUAGUCAAGAUGGAAAAGUGGGUUGUGGAUGAAACCUCGGUGACUGUCUCUUGCAAAACCUACGUUUGGUCACUGAUGGCCAUCACCGCGGUUCUUGUUGGCGGCGGCCUGGCAAUGGGCCUCACAGUUGGCCAACGAAUAGACGGCGUGGAUCCAUUUAACCUAGCAACAUAUACUUGGGCUCUCGCAGCAUUCAUUAUUGUGGUAUUCAAGAGCAUGUGGGUUGAGAGCUGGACGUGGAGCGACUUCCUACGUCAACGAGUUCGAUGCCGAUCAGUGUCAGAAUUAGCAGCGGCGACAAAUCUUGACUAUCAGCUUAUCAUGGCGAAACUGCUACACGACGAUUGUAAUGGAAGUAUUCUCGUCACCAGAGGUCCUUACAACACCAUUUUCCGCAACCAAACUAAUGGCGGCGACGGGUUCUCUAUCGAUCAACCACUCAGUGCUGAAACAUUGAUGCUUAGCGGUAUUGCACUCCUCAAGGUUUUGACCCCACGUGGACAUGCGAUUGUUUGCCUCGACUACCGAUGUGGAACAUUUUUGACAAUACUGGAACACCGAAGGGGCACUGAUAAUUCACGACUUGUUUGCGAGGACCUGGGCCGUAUAUCAAAGGAGAGAGAUUCCGGUGAUGAUAAGGUAAAGGAUUUGGUUGGUCUACGUCUGAAGAAAGUAGACAACUUUAAAUGGAAACGAGUUCAAGGUCUAUGGGAAUUCAAAAAUGCUGGAGUUGUUUUCGAGUAGCUGCUAGGACCAAAGAUUGGCCUGUUGACGUCCUAUCGAUGAUUUAUUCACUACUUUCUCUUCUGAGUUCUUAAGAAUGUAUAGUAUAAGACUGAUAGGAACCUGACUAUAUGAUAUGACACAGAUUGUGGUAAAGAAUCAUACCCAAA